CCAGAUUAGGGCACUGCUGGGCCACCCCGGCUUAUUUUGGCCCCAGAGCCUUGUGUACAGUGUAGCACAACAGGCCGGCUGUGAAUACCAAGAUAUCCUAGACCAGAUACAGAGUGUGACGAGGCUGCGGUUGUGCUUCAAAUAGCCGUCUCUCCAUCGCAACUGCUUGCCCCUUUGUCGAGUCUCAUUAAUUCCAACAGAAUUGCAACAUGGCCACUGAAGACUCUCAAGUGGGAACCAGGCUGCUAUGCCUGACAGACCCUUGCGACACGGUUAAAUUCACCGAGACGAAAGCGGUUGAUGUUGUCGCAGUCCACGGCCUCGAUGCCGCUGGGGGUGGCAGCUGGAGAACGCAGGACGGGACUCUAUGGCUGCGCGAUCUGCUUCCUACCGAUAUUCCAUGCGGCAGGGUCCUGGCCUUUCUCUAUGAUGCCAAAGCCUUGUUCUCUCGAUUCCCGGCGCAUGUUGACUCCGUGGCUAGAAGCCUGCUGAGCGCGCUGGCGAUGAGUCGUAGGGAUGUUCCCUCUACGAGACCGCUGGUUUUCGUUGGUCAUGGAUUUGGUGGAUUUAUUGUGGAAGCAGUGGUUAACUACGCCAUUGCCCAUGAGAUAUUCCCUGAUAUCAAAGCCUGCCUCAAAAAGGUCAUCUUCCUGAGUACACCACAGCGCUCGUCGCCAGAGAUUCCCUGGAAGACGCUGUUGGUGAAUUCCGCAAAGGACAGUCUAUAUGGACUCGGUUCUUCAGCAAUUGUGGAUAUUGACAUCUUGAAAUGCAUCGAACGCAAUGCGCAGUCCUUCCAGAAAGUCCGGGCGGAAUUCAGGAAGCAUGCAAUCAACCUUAAGCUGAAGAUCCUUACGUGCUAUGAAGGUGCUUUGACUCCGCCGCAACAAUCCUGCACCGUGACCGAGUUCUGCGCAACCCUCGCCCUGAAAGCAGAGAAAGUACAUAGGAUGAGUGGGUGUAACCACUUAUUUACUGCGCGCUUCGAGAAUAGAGAGGACGACAACUAUAAAGUUGUCAUAUCUGUUAUCAAGAGUGUGAAGGGGACUACUACCGCAGGGCUAACACUGCCUAAGACAGAACAGAACGUGGCUUCGUCUGAUAAUUUUUCAGUCAAAGUGCCCGCAAUUGUUCCUUCACCAGCUGAAUUGCCCCAGGUCACUGAGGUCCUGGUGCAGAAAGCAUCUAUCAACCGCGAUGUACCACACCCACCAAAGGCAAUCGUCCAUCCAAGAUCACUCUCAACAACCAUCGUUGGGACCACUACUUCUACCCAGAUGAACUCGUGCAGUAUCACACACGUUGAUACGCCCGCUCAAAGACCAUCUCUCCCCUCAAGUCUCUCUAUCCAGGCACCCACCAGACACUUGUCCCUAUCUGGAAUUGGACAUGAUGUUGUUCCACACCCGAAUUCCAUUCCAGACAUACUUAAACCGCGGCCAAACAGUUUAUACACCCAUACUGCGGCUCAGGGGCAAAUGCAUCCUCAAUCUACUUCUCGGGUGCCAAUAUCGACAGAGGCUAGGACAACAGGCCCUGAGAAACAAGUUACAAGCCAGAAGUUCAUUCCAUAUAGACCCUUCGCAGCACAUACGAGCGUUGCUACACCAUCCGGCCAAAGGUCUGUUGGGGGUAAUUCUCAGGCAUACAAACCAUUCAGGCCGCUAUCUAUGCAAAUGCCUCGACAACAGGAUCAGAUGCAGCGUGGUAUUAAAGACCCAUCUACUUUACCCAUGCAAGAUCCGCCGACGAUUCCUAGCUCGACCUUUCCUACUCGCCCUAUUUCAGCUACAAUGCCGAGUAUCCUUACAUCAGGGCCUCCACUGGAUAGAGGACUGUCUGGUCAGUCUAUACAGGGUAUCGCACCUACGGGUCCAGUUACCAGGGACAUUUCUUCCAACGCUGUUCCGCUGCCGAUUCCAAGGUCAGUUCAGCCCGGUACUCUACCAGCCCCGGCAGCUAUGCGCGAGCUGCCUACAGCGUCCGGGCCUCCAGGACACCAGCUUGCUACUUCCCAGCUCCCUGGCCCUCUUCAGGCCCAAACACCAACAUCAAUACGGAGUUCUCAGGACCCCUUUAAGCCCAUACCUCCAGCGCCUACCACAAGCAGGAGCCUCCCACCCCAGUCAACAAGCAGCGCACCAGUUGUGAAUAUCGCAGUGCCAGCCUCCUCAGCGACGCGUAGUAUCAAUGUACCAUCUCCGAUGCCAACUAUCUCAAGUGGACCCAUUAUACCUCCAAAGCCGGUACCAUACCGAGGCCAUAAAAUCCAGUCAGGAACUGUACCUGAGGGCCCACCAUCGAACAUGCAGAGUCAGUCUCCAGUGCCCAGAUCUCUAGGUAUCAGUCGUCCUCCACCUACUACAACCAGAAGCCUGCCAGGGGCAUCAGCUACUCAGCCGCCACAACCUCUACCAAAGCAAGGCCAAGGUCCACCGAUGCGGUCGUCAAUAUCUGGCCCUCCAGGUGCGCCCCCAGGACCUACACCCAUAUCGCGCGGACCACCGGGACCGUCACCAAACCUCGGUCCUCGCGGUGCAGCACCACUUCAACCGCAGCCCCCAAGGCCAGAUCCGUCAAGACCACCACUCAUCAAGCUCGCUCCACCGCGCCCAGUGCCUCCCAGUGCACCAGUCCCCACCCCCUCUGCCACGCGCGGACUCCAAACAGGCCCUAACCCUCCUCCAAAGCCGCCUGGUAUCCUGAACAAACUAUUCGGUUCCUCCACCCGUCCCUCAGUCGGACCUACCAGAGGCCCACCACUAGCACCAUCACCAGCAGGUCGUGGAAUGCCCAAGCCGGCCCCAGACGGGGAGAAAUAUACACCCUACCCUGGACCUACAGGAACCAAGCAGCCCCGGCCAAAACCACCAGUCCCUCCUCAAACUAGACAAGGUCCAGCGUACCAUCAAUCCCCGCAUGCAAAUGACACGGGUAAGGAUAUGGGCUGGAAGACUACGGGUGAGGGUUCACGCGGGUUCCACCAGCCCCAUACCAGUAUGGGAUCUCAGAAUGGACAUCAAAAGGACCGGGGGCUCAAUUCGCUGUAUUUUUCCGAUCAGCCGAUUCCACCGCCGCAGCUAGUUUUACAGACACAACCUCAGGUACAGGGACCGCCUGGAUACUUGCAAUCACAAGAACAGGUGCAAGGACCGGUACAAUCAACACCCGGCGAUCAGAAACCGGAGGAGAAGGAGUCCUCAAGCUCAAGCUCUACAAUAAAAAUCGCAGCCGGUGUUGCAGUCGGCGCUGCUAUAGGCGGUUUAGCCACGGGUGCGAUUAUAAGUGCGCUCCAGGAGAAUGAAGAUGAAAAUAAGGAACGGCAGGAGACUAAGGAAACACAGGAAUCUGUGCAAUCGGGCCUGGAGAGUACCAGUCCGGUGUCUGGGUCGGUGGCUGGUGAGGAUAUUCCUCGAGAUAUUCCGCCAUCUAAUCAGGGCGGUGGGGAUAUUGAUCCAAGUCAACAGGAAAUGGUCGCUGAAGUCGAGACGGAAACGGGCUCUACGAUUGGCUAUGACUCUGUAUCCACGCCUGGGUCGACUUCUGAUUCUUCGGAAGAGGGAGGUGAUGAAGAUGAAUGGGGCUAUACCGGUGGGUAUGAUAGUGAUGGCGAUGGCUAUGAGCAUUACGAUGAUCAUGAACAUGGUGAUGCCAGCUAUGACCCUUAUUAUCAUGACGCCCAGCACGAUCAGUAUAAUAACGACGAAGACGGGGAUUAUGAUGAGUAUGGAAAUACUGAGCAGAGUGGCGACGAGGGGCUGGACAAGUCUGAGUAUGAAAACGAGGCCGAACCCACGUACCAACUGGGCGAGCAAUACCAGGAUGACUACCAGGAUGAGGGCGAGGAUGAAGAUGAACAUAACGCCUACGAAGACGGAGAUCAGGAAGAGGAAGGGUACCCCGACUACCAAUAUCUGGACGAAUACGAAAAUAACGAGCAUGGAGAUGGCGACGACGAGGAAGACAGUCAAACUUACGAGAGCGGGGAUGAAUAUCAAGGAGAAUACACGAGCUACGAACAUCAGGCUCAAGACCAUGAAGAGGUUGAUGAAGGCGAAGAUGACGAAAGUGAGAAUGACGAACAGACAGGACACUCCGAGGGUGAAGGGGAAAACCAGGAGACAGAGUACGGCUACGAAUAUGACCAUAAUGAGAACGACGAUGAUGAGAAUGAAGACGACUAUCAACAAUAUGAACCGGAGUACCAGGCCGAAUACCAAGAUGAAGUCGAGUAUGAACCUCAACCAGAUUAUCAGGUCAGCUAUGAGCCCGAAUAUCAGCCAGAGUAUCAACAGGAAUACCAGCCAGAGUAUGAGCCUGAGUAUGAAGAGCAGACAGAUUACGGAGGCUACGGUGACUAUGAUCAAGGGUACGAUUAUGACGAUGGAUAUUAUUAGAUGAGAAUCUUUGGAUGUUGUUAAUUAUUCCAUUCUAGCUGUGUAUAGAAUAUCAUCUUUACCUGACAAUAUGU